AACCAGGCAAGUUAAGAAUGGGGGAAGAAAGGGAAAGACCUUUACUUAUUAAAGGAACAGACACUACUUGAACGUGAUAAUUCCUGUAUCAACUUCUGGAAAUGUAUAAUUUUACCAUUGUGCAGAUGGGGAAACUGAAGCUCAGCGAAGUGAGACAGAAGAUCAGAGUUUGAAUUGUGGCUCCUGUACUUCCCCGCCCCCUCCCCCCCUAGUUAUGAGAUCUUUGUAAGUUAUUUUAACUGUAUGAUUCCCACUUCACUUGGUGGUUGAAAAUAGAGGAAGGGUGUCAGAUCCCCUUCAAAUGAUUGUUUUUGGGGAUUAAAUGAUAAAUCUCCUAUGAAAAAGUCUAAUUCAGAAAAAUUCUAAUUCAGGUGCUUGGUUAAAUUUGGUUGACUGUGAGCCUCUUGCUGCUUUGUUUAAUAAGGGAUUCCUUUUAAGGAAAGGAUUAAAAUUCCUAGAAACAGACAUUUAUAGGACACUGCUUCCCCCAAAAGCUGAGCACACAUUAUUCUCAAGUGCAAGUGGAAUAUUCUCAAGUAUAAGAUCACAUGUUGGGUUACAGAAUGAGACUAAGAACUGGGCCUUUGAGAAAAUAUUCCAAACAGGCAAAUCUCUAGCAAGGCUUGCAAAGAAAAAAAAAGGGAGAAAAUCAAAGAGAAGUUAAAACAGUGUCUCAGAAUUGCGGAGUUUAAGAGACUACUAUGAACACCUAUAUGCCAGUAAAUUAGAUAACCUACAAGAAAUGGGAAAAUUCCUAGAAGCAGUCUUCUGAGAUUGAAUCAGGAAGAAAUAGAAAACCUGAACAGAUCAGUUACAAGCAAGGAGAUUGAGACAGUAAUCAAAAGUCUCCCCUCACAAACAAAAGCCCAGCACCAGAUGGUUUCCUAGUUGGUUCUACCAAACCUGAUACAUGAACUCAAACCUAUCCUUCUCAAACUCUUCCAGAAAAUUGAGUAAGAGGGCAUACUUCCUUAUGCAAGUCUCUGAGCAUGAAGAGUUCUGCUGGAAGCUCAUCAACUGCUAGAGGAGCCGGAGUGUUCCAAGGCACUCAAAGGAUCCGCAGUCUUCCACAAUGAACCCUGUUUACAGCCCCGUCCAGCCUGGGGCUCCUUAUGGCAACCCUAAGAACAUGGCCUACACGGGUUAUCCCACAGCCUACCCGGCAGCAGCCCCUGCCUACAAUCCCAGCCUGUACCCCACCAACAGCCCCAGUUAUGCUCCAGAGUUUCAGUUCCUGCAUUCAGCUUAUGCAACUCUGCUGAUGAAACAGGCCUGGCCACAGAACUCGUCUUCCUGUGGCACUGAAGGCACCUUCCACCUCCCAGUGGACACCGGGACCGAGAACCGAACUUACCAAGCAUCCUCUGCAGCUUUCAGAUACACUGCGGGGACACCAUACAAGGUCCCACCGACCCAGAAUAAUACUGCUCCGCCCCCCUACUCCCCAUCACCCAAUCCCUAUCAGACGGCCAUGUAUCCAAUCAGAAGUGCCUACCCCCAGCAGAAUCUGUAUGCCCAGGGAGCCUACUACACGCAGCCGGUGUAUGCUGCCCAGCCCCACGUCAUCCACCACACCACGGUCGUCCAGCCCAACAGCAUCCCCUCCGCCAUCUACCCGGCGCCAGUUGCUGCCCCAAGGACCAACGGCGUGGCCAUGGGCAUGGUGGCAGGCACCACCAUGGCGAUGUCAGCAGGGACCCUGCUGACUGCACCCCAGCACACCGCGAUUGGGGCACACCCUGUCUCCAUGCCAACAUACAGGGCCCAAGGGACCCCUGCGUACAGCUAUGUGCCUCCGCAUUGGUAAAGCCUGCAGCCCAUCCAACUCUGGAGUCACACAUUGUAUGCAACUACUCAAGUCUUACACAGGUGCUGGAGCAGUUCCCUAGCAGCACCACCUCUAUUUGCAAGAAGAGAUAACGGAAGUGCAAGGGUCACUUUAUGCAUCUUAAAUGGUUUUGGUUUUUAUUUUUGGUUUUUGUAAAAGCUGCUUUUUCUAAGCUCCUGCCUCUCCCACUGUCCCCCUCUUAGCCGCUGCCCCUCUACUUCUAGCCCUUCCUUCUACUGACCAGGCACAUCCUCUCUGCUCUUCCCUUUCCCAAGCAUCCAGUCCCCGGGGAGCCCAGUCUAGAGCCAGGGAGACAGUGUGGUUUGUCGCCGUGGUUCAGCUGAAGGCUUGGUUUUCUUUGAAGGGCGUGACAGACGUGGCCCUCCGGUCCAGGGUAGGGUCUCAGAACUGGUGAGCAGGCCACCUCUCCUGGAGAUUGUUUCUUUUAUGAUUUUUCUUAUGAUUAGUUUAGGACAUACUAUGUCCUGACACAAAUGUAAUGUCUUCUGAGAACCAUCGCAACAGACCAAGAACAAAAUCACCUGAUUAGGUAGGAAUGUUCAUAGCAGCUUAAUAUCCCAGGCUAAGAACCUGGGGAAACCAGAUUCUUACCUUGGGAGAACCUGGGGAGGGAGCAGGGCGGGCGGUAAGGAAGAAGCAGGGCGAGGUUCUUGCCCUGCUGGCUUUGUAUGGAAAGGUCUCUGGCCAAACAGUCUGGGCCUGGACCCUCUGAUUUGCACAGUGAUGU